AUGUCUACCAAGGCAGUUCAUUUGGAAUUAGUUGGGGAUUUAAGCACUGAUUCUUUCUUAGGCGCGUUAAAACGUUUUGUAGCUCGAAGGGGAAGAUGUAGCCACAUUUGGAGCGAUCAAGGCACUAAUUUUGUAGGUGCCAACAAGGAAUUGUUGGAGCUGUUCCAACAGGCUAAUUUACAAAUACCAGGCCAUCUACCAGCUACUUUAGCAGAAGAUGGCAUACAAUGGCACUUCAAUCCACCUUACAGUCCAAAUUUUGGAGGCUUAUGGGAAGCGGGGGUGAAAUCCAUCAAAUAUCACUUGCGAAGAAUUUUAGAUAAGCAUCUAACUUUCGAAGAGAUGACAACAUUGCUGUGCCAGAUAGAAGCAUGCUUAAAUUCCAGACCGUUGUGUCCAAUCGACAAUAACAGAUACUGA